GGUGAAAACUUUAUACGGGAUUUGGGACGGCACGAUCAACGGAGCAUAUCAUCUUUCAUAGCAGUGGUAACAAUGAAAUAGAACUGUUUUGAAUAGAGCGAAAUACCUUUUUGUAGUAAUCUACUUGAGCAUGGAUUCACGGGUUGGUAUGAACGAGAGGACCGAAAGGCGCAUACUCGCUGGGAACGAUUAUAUCACUUCGAGUGGAGAGGAGGUUUCAUUAUUGAACAAGUCAAGAGAAGAGACAGAACCUCUUGAGGAGAAUAGGCGGGGUUGGUGUGGAUUCAUACUUCGGAAGAAUUAUCUCUCGCUUGAUAACGACGAAAUGAAGGUGGACUCAGAAAAGAAGAUGCGCUCGCCCGCGAGGCGCUUUGCGAUUAACCAAACCAUGUUGCCGUAUAAGAUGUUUUAUUUCCUGUCUGAUGGGGCAUCUUCAUGUAUUGCUCCGUAUCGCUCGCUCUAUCUCAAACAACUUGGGUUGGGACCGAGUCGCAUUGGAGUUGUGGCUGCCAUGAAGCCUCUAGCAACAUUUCUCUCCAAUGCCAUGAUCGGGUUCUUGGCGGAUCGGUACGGAUGGCGGAAGGCGAUCAUGCUGACGAGUUUAUUGAUUUGGAUCGGGAGUCUCCUUGCCUUUGGGUUUCUUCCACCGGCUUCUGAGGUAUCCAGAUCAGUGGCCGUGGAGCAGCUGAAGGACAUGAUCUCCCAAUUCAACCACACUGACCUGGCUGAAGAGGAACUGUUACUGAGGGGAGUACGGUCGGCUGAAAAUAGAUUUCAGACUCAUAGAGAACUCCAACUACGGUUUAACGAACGAUUGAACCGCCUUCGUUGCUUGGUGAUGAACUGCACGACGGACGGGAUGCCGUUGGAUUCCUUACCACAUCACGGGAAAGAUUAUCGAUUGGCGAAGAAGAUGUUUGAUCCAUCAAGGGGCAGGCAUGAUGGACAUCGCAUGCAUGUUUCGUCAACUGAAUCGCCCUUGUCAACGAUGACGUCUGGAAGAACCAACCACUUGGAAAUCUCAUUAGGAAUGGAUAUCAUAGAUAACCUUGAUGCAUCAAACAACUUAAGCGAAGGGAGCAAUCUCGUCCACGACGCCCUCGGUGGCAACGAACCCUUCACGGAGUUUCCGCUGACCUCGAAUAUGGUCAUCGAGCUCUCUUCCGACCGCAGCUGGCUUUUCGACCAGCGGGAGCUCUUCCGGCUUUUCCUCAUCAUCCUCGUCAUCACCAACAUCAUCUACAUCUCACUGGGAUCAUUCAUGAGACUCGCUGAUACUGCGACCCUCAGUGCUCUCGCUAACGAUCCGGCAAGCGAAGUGUCGGACUACGGCUGGCAUCGCUCCUUCGGCGGACUAGGAUGGGCCAUCUGGUAAGACACCCUUUUGGAUAUUUUUGUCUUUUGAAUUCGAUAAAUCAGUUGUUAUAAAUGACUAAACUUGUUAAAGUAUUAUGUAAAUUGUUCAAAACUUUGUAAUAUUGGGACUUGUGUAACUCCUAAUUCAUGUAAUUGAGAAUGUGUUAUUCCUUUUAAUUGGUAAUGGCUUACAACAUACGAUGACAUGCUCUUCUUAGUAAUGACAUUAACAUCGAUAGAGAUGAUGAUGAUGGUGAUGAUGAUGAUGACG